AAUCCGGCUACUCUCGCGAUGUCACCAAGCAUCGCUGUCCUCCUGCUGCAGUGCGCGUAUAAAGCAGCGAGACUCGCGGGCACGAAAGGAGGAGUUGCGGCAAGGUCGCGCAGCAUCACGGCGUAAAUUAGCCACGGAAAUCUCAAUUCACGGAGAUUAUCUGGGUCUUAAAGUCGUUGUGAGCGCACGUACCGGGCUGCGCGUCAAACUUGUCAGGAGUUUUUGACUGGACGUGUUGCUGUUCUCCAUUUGCAUCCGCAUGUGCGCGUCGCGCUGCGGGUUCGGAGGGAAGCACGGCGCGUUAUUUUAGUCUUCCUGCAGCAUCAGUGUCUGCGUUCAGUCAAACCCAUCGGCUUCUCUGCACUUUUAACGGACAGUAUCAGCUUUUGGAAAGCUUUUUUGGCUCGUCAUGUCGGCGUCACCUCCGCCCUUCGCCGCCCCGGGCGACUAUCUGUCUGCACCCGAACCUGACGCGCUCAAACCCGCCGGUCCGACACCGAGCCAGAGCCGCUUUCAGGUGGAUCUGGUGUCAGAAUCCGCCGGGGACAGUCAGACUCUUGGCACCUCCGACUCAUCCCCACCCGCGUACGCUGCCGAGCCGCCGUCCGACGGACUUCGGGAUUCUGUAGCUGGCGGCGAGGAAGCCAAGGGCCGGUUUCGGGUUGUGAACUUUGCGGCCUCGAGUCCGGACGCCGCGCCGGCGGAGAGCGCACAGAAUGGGGACACGGUGAUGAGCGAAGGCAGCCUGCACUCCUCCACCGGCGGCCAGCAGCACCAUCACUACGACACCCACACCAACACCUACUACCUCCGCACGUUCGGACACAACACCAUCGACGCCGUGCCCAACAUAGACUUCUACCGGCAGACCGCCGCUCCGCUAGGCGAGAAGCUCAUUAGACCCACCCUCUCAGAACUGCACGACGAGCUCGACAAGGAGCCUUUUGAGGAUGGGUUUGCUAACGGUGAAGAGUUGACCCCUGCUGAGGAGGCCGCGGCUAAAGAGGCGUCCGAGUCUAAAGGAGUGGUGAAGUUCGGAUGGAUCAAAGGAGUGCUGGUGCGCUGCAUGUUAAACAUAUGGGGUGUGAUGCUCUUCAUUCGAAUGACAUGGAUCGUGGGCCAGGCUGGAAUUGCGUACUCCUGCAUCAUUGUUAUUAUGGCAACUGUUGUGACUACCAUCACGGGCUGCUCGACUUCUGCGAUUGCAACCAAUGGCUUUGUACGAGGAGGUGGAGCAUAUUACUUAAUAUCUCGAAGUUUGGGCCCAGAGUUUGGAGGCUCCAUUGGUCUGAUUUUUGCCUUUGCCAAUGCUGUGGCCGUAGCCAUGUACGUCGUGGGCUUUGCGGAAACUGUUGUUGAGCUACUCAUAAAUUCUGGAGCACUCAUGUUUGAUCAAAUUAAUGAUGUCAGAAUCAUUGGAACCAUUACGGUCAUCCUGCUUCUUGGCAUUUCAGUGGCUGGAAUGGAAUGGGAGGCCAAGGCUCAGAUUUUUCUCUUGGUCAUUUUGAUCACUGCCAUUUUCAAUUACUUUAUUGGCUCCUUCAUCCCUGUUGAGUCCAAGGAGAAAUUUGGCUUCUUCAGCUAUGACACUGGCAUCUUGGCGGAUAACUUUGGCCCAGACUUUCGAGGAGAAACAUUUUUCUCAGUUUUUUCCAUCUUCUUCCCGGCGGCCACAGGCAUUUUGGCUGGUGCCAACAUCUCAGGAGAUCUAGCAGACCCUCAAAUGGCCAUCCCAAAAGGAACACUUUUGGCUAUUCUCAUAACGGGCCUCGUGUACAUUGGCGUGGCCAUUUCUGCAGGUGCUUGCAUCGUGCGGGAUGCUACAGGUUUUGAGAGCAACAUUACUCUCAGUGGUAUUGUAAACUGCACUGAUGCGGCCUGUAAGUUCGGCUAUGACUUCACUUCCUGCAGACCUACGGUUGAGGGAGAAAAGUCUUCCUGCAAGUUUGGCCUUCACAAUGAUUUCCAGGUCAUGAGUGUGGUGUCGGGCUUCAGUCCCCUCAUCACAGCGGGGAUCUUCUCUGCGACCCUCUCCUCUGCCCUGGCGUCUCUCGUCAGUGCCCCAAAAGUGUUCCAGGCUUUAUGCAAAGACAAUAUCUAUCCUGGAAUCACUGUUUUUGGGAAGGGCUACGGCAAGAACAACGAGCCCUUGCGAGGAUAUCUACUCACCUUUGCCAUUGCCUUGGCCUUCAUUCUCAUUGCGGAGUUGAACGUCAUCGCCCCAAUCAUUUCCAAUUUCUUCCUGGCAUCAUACGCUCUCAUCAACUUUUCUGUGUUUCACGCGUCACUGGCUAAUUCCCCCGGAUGGAGGCCGAGUUUCAAGUACUACAACAUGUGGGUGUCUCUUGCUGGGGCAAGCCUAUGUUGUGUCGUCAUGUUUAUCAUCAACUGGUGGGCGGCCCUCUUGACCAACGUCAUUGUCUUAUCCCUCUACAUCUAUGUCAGCUACAAGAAACCAGAUGUGAACUGGGGUUCGUCCACUCAAGCUCUGACAUAUCAUCAGGCCCUGACACACAGUUUACAGCUGUGCGGAGUAGCUGACCACAUCAAAACCUACAGGCCACAGUGUCUGGUGAUGACUGGAGCUCCAAACUCACGUCCGGCUAUUCUUCAUCUGGUCCAUGCCUUCACCAAGAACGUGGGUCUGAUGGUGUGCGGUCAUGUGCGCAUUAGUUCUCGGCGGCCCAACUUCAAAGAGCUGAACAGUGAUAUGGUACGCUACCAGAGGUGGCUCCUUAAUAACAAGUCCAAGGCAUUUUACACACCCGUGGUGGCUGAAGACCUUCGUCAAGGAACCCAGUACCUGCUGCAGGCUGCUGGACUGGGUAGAUUGAGGCCCAACACUCUGGUACUUGGUUUCAAAAACGAUUGGUGUAUUGGAGAUAUAAAGGAUGUUGAGACCUACAUAAACAUAAUACAUGAUGCGUUUGAUUUUCAGUAUGGUGUUGUCAUUCUAAGACUACGAGAGGGACUUGAUAUUUCUCACAUUCAAGGCCAAGAUGAUUCUUCAGGUAUGAAGGAUGUGGUGGUUUCGGUUGACGUGAGUAAAGACUCGGAUGGAGACUCGUCCAAACCCUCCUCCAAGGCCACCAGUGUUCAGAACAGCCCAGCUGUCCAGAAAGAUGAGGAUGAUGAUGGCAAAGCUCACACUCAGCCACUGUUGAAGAAAGAUAAAAAGAGCCCAACGCUUCCUCUGAAUGUGGCUGAUCAGCGGCUGUUGGAUGCCAGUCAGCAGUUCCAGCAGAAACAGGGGAAAGGCACGGUCGAUGUGUGGUGGCUCUUUGAUGAUGGGGGUCUGACUCUGCUGAUCCCCUAUCUGAUCGCCAACAAGAAAAAAUGGAAGGACUGUAAGAUCCGCGUGUUCAUCGGUGGAAAGAUCAACAGGAUCGACCAUGACCGCAGAGCCAUGGCCACAUUGCUCAGCAAGUUCAGGAUCGAUUUCUCUGACAUCACUGUCUUGGGCGACAUCAACACAAAGCCCAAGUCAGAGGGUUUGACAGAGUUUGCUCAAAUGAUUGAGCCUUAUAAACUGAGAGAAGAUGACAUGGAGCAGGAAGCUGCUGAGAAGCUAAAGAGCGACGAACCCUGGAGAAUCACAGACAAUGAGCUGGAGCUCUACAAAGCCAAGAGUAACCGUCAGAUCAGGCUGAACGAGCUGUUGAAGGAGCACUCAAGCACAGCCAACCUCAUUGUCAUGAGCAUGCCUCUGGCCAGGAAAGGAGCCGUCUCCAGCGCUCUCUAUAUGGCCUGGCUGGACACAUUAUCCAAAGACCUGCCGCCCAUCCUGUUAGUGCGUGGGAACCAUCAGAGCGUCCUCACGUUCUACUCGUAAAAAGCUCACAGAAACGUCUGCCCACAAGAGCACACACGUAAUGAGUACAGCACAUCUGACUGAUGAUGAUGAUGAUGAUGAUGACGAUGAUGAUGACAGUGAUGACGAAUGAUGCUGAUAGACGCUUCUCAACAAAGCUGAAACAAACGAUGUUCCAGAGCGGUUCUUCCUUCCACGCCGCAGAGGUCAACAGGAAAGAUAAACGUUUACUGGUUUAUAUUGUCUUCAGCUCAAAGGUUUCUGAGCACACAUUGUUACACUGAUUGUUGUUAUCAUUGUUAUUAUUAUUAUGACUGUCACAACUUUUUGAGUUGUGGAUUUUUUUUUUUUUUCUCUUUCUUACUUUUUAAUUUGCUCUUUGAUGAAGCAAUAAUCACCUCAUUUCUUAUUUUCUCACUUUGAAGAAAAACACGAUUCUUUGCAACACUUUUAUAGCCUUGUGAAUGUGCCUUCCUGUGCAAUCAUAUUAAAUUCUUAAACUUUUCCCUGACUGCUGAUUUAUAACAGAUUUAGACUGCUUGUUUUUCUUGGGUUUUAUAUGUAAAUCUUCCUUGAUUUGAUUACGUUAUAAUGCAAGUGGACUGAGGACUUCACUGCGCAGCAUUUGAAAAUACUUUUUCGCUUUUUUGUAGUCAGGUUUUAGUCUUCUGUUUCUUUUUCUUCAAAGUUUUCGUCUUCCUUUAAGCAUUGAAUGAGUUGUGGAGUUUUUGCUCAGCACCCCUCCAUGUUCUUGUUACAAUGAUAGACCUGAACUACGGGGUGAUUACAAUCAUCUUUCAAGUAGUCUAAUGUAAAAAGUCAGAACUUUAACAAAACUAUAUUAGUUUUCCCUUGUGUACAGUUGAACAGUUUUUGGUUUGACAAAGAGAGAGACUAAUGGAUGAGUGCUGUAUGAAGGAAGAAAAAAAAAAAGGCGUCAGAUACUUUCAAACAAACAAUGAACCAAAUAAGAGCAAAGCCCUGGAAUCACAGAUUCUGCUACAGAGAAGACCUUUGCCUUAACAGAUGAAGUGAUGAUUGUUGUUUUUACUUGUUGUCUUCAAGCCAUACUGGCUAGUUAUAGAUGAUAGAUAGACAAAUGCCUGAAUGAGAAUGUAAUCAGAAAGCUCUCCCAUCUUUACACUUUCCUAGUUUUAUAAAGCAGUCUGGAAUUUUUCCCUGAUAAAAACCUGCUCAUUUGACCGAACGGUUUUCGCUUUCAAACACGACCGUCCCUCUCACAUGUCAAGGUUGGACUGUUACUGUAACCAACUGAAGCUGGGUCUUCCCUUCCUUUCCUUUCAAUCUGCUUUCAUUGGUCAGUGCGUUUCUGCGGUUAAAGGCCUUAAUCGGAGAUCCCAAGAUAGAAGUUGUAAGAAUGUUUUCUGCGUUGAAUGAAACUGAUUUACUCCUCUAUGCAGAUGGACUGCGUGCGACUCAUUGAAAUAGUGUAAUCUAAACUCAGGAUUGAGUGCCGGGUUCAUCUUUAAUGUUGGAGACGUCUGACGUCGAGAAGACUGAUGUGGAUUUCAGUCUGUCCUGUUCCUGAAUGUUAUUUGUUUGUCCGGUUGGGUCUUGUGAUUGAAUGCUGGGAUGUGACCAGAUAAUUGUUGUAUGGCUCAUCAUGCCUUAGUUUAAAGGAGUAAAUAACUAAAGUGGUGGUCAGUUAGUGAAAUGGGUACCCGUUUGCAUGACCAUCACAUUAGCUGCAGUCCAGCUGAAUAUGAAGCGUUCAGGUCUUGAAUUGAAUUUGGUUCCUAACACUAUUCUGGGUUUUCUAAUCAUUUGCAGGCGCCGUGUGUUGUGCUAUUGCAGGUUCUGUGUGUGUUAUAUUCAUGCAAUUCACAGCCCUGCCAUUUACCUGAGAAAUAUUCCAUGUGACAAAGUUAGAAUAAAUAUAUUCGUAUUUAUAGUUCUCAAUAUAAACUAGUAUUUAAAAGUACUUAAAUGUGUGUGCACCGCAUGUUUUAAUUUGAAGUGGGUGAAUUUAGUGAAGCUGACGGUACAGUCUUACCUGUUGAAAAUCUGUUGCGUGUUUGUUUGGGUGAACGAGUGCUGUACAGCCACACCAACGUACAAUGACAAAAUCACCAAUUCAACUAUUACCUGUUAUCUUGAAUGAUUAAGACACUUGCAUAUUAUAUUUAGAUAUAAAAAAGAAAGCGGGAAAGUGUGUCACAAUCAUAUAAUGUGUGUUUCUCACUGAUGUAGAAAUGCAUCUUGUUGCAGCUGUAGAUUACCAUAACAUGAGGUGCUUUAAAAGUGCCUCUCAAAGGUUCCACUGGUGUUUUCUGUAGAUGAAGACUUUUUUUGUGCCCUUGGCAUUUCACGUCCUGCAGAAUGUGUUGCCAAAGUCUGUUUUCUCAUUAGCUUAUUGUGUGGAAAUGAGUUCACAUCAAGGUCAACGAGUUCCAGCUCUAGUUCACACUAUACUUCCUUAUUAACUUGUAAAUAUCUUUUAGCCUAACCAGAUUAAUCAAAGAGUGGAAUAAUAGCAAAUUAAUAUGGUGAAAAAUAUUUAUUUUGUUUUUUUUCUUUAUUUUGUUACAGUAGUUUUAAGAUUUUUCUUUUUUGGGUUUAGUCUGCAAAUUCUCAUCUUUGGUCUCUUUUUCAAUGUUUGGUCACAUUUAUAUCUUUUAUAUGCCUUUUAAAGAAAUGCUCUGUUGACCAGUGGUUUGAGUUUCCUGCUAAACCAUGAGGGUGGAUCUGAUUGUGUUGGAACAGUAAUGUUUUGAUAUACUGUACUGUUAUUUGUCACAUGCUUUUUUCUAACAUUUUAACGGUUAAGGGUAUCAAUGCUUUGUACAUCUUUAUUGCAAUAUAUAAAAAUAAAGUGAAAUGAUAAUCA